ACAGGCGCAUAAACGUAUCAUAUUCAUAGAUAAAAGUUGACAUCGAACCAACCAAAACGUUUAAUUUGUUAAAAAAUAUAUUGUUGAUUUCUAACAAAACAAGACAAAAUGGCAAUGAUAACAGACCAGAGAUUGAAAGAGAUGGAAGAGGAAAUGAGUCGAUUUGAACAAGAAAUAUUGGCUCCAAAAGGCCAGGGUUCUAAGCCACAUCCUAUGAUAAUAGGAUCAAGAACUUUCACCAAUGUUCAAGCCAGGAUAUCAUCAGAUCCCCCUUCUGUUGGGCACCCCCCUCCUCCACCCUUGAGAAAACCACCCACAGCUCCACCUGGUAGUAAGCCUGCAGGACCACCAUCAGUUUCCUUGCCAGCUUCAGUGUUGGCAGCUCCCCCACCACCGCCUCCUGCCUUACUACCAAAACCAAAGGAUAAAUUAGACAUGCCACCAUUAGCCCCUCCUCCUCCCCCUCCACCCGCAAUCAGACCUGCAUUUGUUCCCCAUCAAGUCAGACAUCGACCUCCUCCACCUAGGCUUCCACCACACAGGUUUGGACCACCAGGCCCAGGACAGUAUUAUGGACCUCCAGGUGGACCUGGACCCCAUGGUUUCCCCGGACCACAUGGACCUGGACCCUAUGGCCCUGGACCACAUGGGCCUGGUCCUGGCCCCAUGCCUCCUUAUAGAGGACCUGGACCAAUGGGUGGACCAGCUCCUCCAGGUCCAAUUGGACCAGGCUAUGGAUUCAGUGAUGGUGUCCAGCAUAUGAUGGCUAAUGAAGGCAGUGGUAAUAGUAUCAGUAGUGGUCUUACAGGACCACCUAAGGAGGAAAAACCUAAAAUGGUGAUCUCAGCAGGUCCAGUUAUAAAUAAACCAAAGUUAGAAAAAAAGAAGAAAAACAAGAAAGCAAAAUUGGAGACAACAGUUACAGAAACAACCACAAUAGUUACGCCUGUAGACACUGGACCCAAAGUUGUAGCUGGUCCAACAAUGCCUGUAGAAUUAAUGGGGGAAGAAGCUAUUUCUAUGGAAGCAGAAAUGGAAGAUAGCACUGGAAAAAAGAAAAAAGACAAAAAGAAAAAGUUUAUACGAACAGCUGCAGGACAGAUAUGGGAAGAUCCAAGUUUAGAGGAAUGGGAUCCAGAUGAUUUUCGUAUGUUUUGUGGAGAUUUAGGAAAUGAAGUAACAGAUGAAUGUUUGGCUAGAGCAUUCAGUAAAUAUCCAACAUUUGUCAAGGCUAGGGUGUUACGAGACAAAAGAACAAAUAAAACAAAAGGUUAUGGAUUCGUUAGUUUCAGGGACCCCCAAGAUUUUGCAAGAGCAAUGAGAGAAAUGAAUGGAAAAUACGUUGGAAAUAGACCUAUCAAGCUCAGAAAAAGUAACUGGAAAGAUAGAAAUAUAGAAAUAGUACGAAAAAAGGAAAAGGAAAAGAAACGUUUAGGACUUAAAUAGAAUCAUGUGUAUUUUAACACAGGACAUAGACUUAAAAAAACAUCAGUUAUUGUCAUCUUUUAAAACUGGGCACUGGUCAGAAAAAAAUAAUUUUUUUUUUUCAUUAAUCAUUCAUUAGCUCAUUGCAGAAUGUAAAGGAACGAAAGAAAUAAUGAUAUUGUACCAAGACAAAAAGGUUAUAUGUGAGACCUUAUGUUUUUUUUAAUACAAAAUCAGGUAUUUUUACUUAAGUAAAGAAUAAACUUAAUUUUGGUUUGUUGA